GGCCGCUGCACCUGGGUGAACCUGGCGGUGAAAAACGAAGACGAGUCCAACGAGGACGACGGCGACGAGAUAGAAGAGGAUCCCGACGAGCCCGAGCCGGAGGUGGGACCCCCUCUGCUCACGCCCCUCUCGCAGGACGCAGAAAUAUUCGAGACCCCUCCGUGGAGCCCCAGCCUGUCCUCCUCGCUCACCCCCCAGCACGCCAUCGCUGUGAUGCGCUCCAACUGCUGGCCCGGGGCGUGUGCGUACGCUCACGGAAAGAAGUUUGAGAACAUUUAUGUCGGCUGGGGGCUGAAGUACCCAGGGGACGGCUACAGCCCGCUUCUCCCGCCGCCACCCCAGAACGAGUACCCCAGUGCGCCCGAGAUCACCGAGGACGUGGACCCCACGGUGGAGGAGGAGCAGGCGCUGCAGGACGCUUUGGACGAGAAGCAGGCCGCCGAGGAGGCGGAGGAGGGCGACUCGGAUGAGGAACAGGACGAGGAGGAUGAUUGAGGUUAAUCAUUGAACAUGGAUAAUGUGAAGGUGGCGUACUAAUGUUUGGCCAUUGUUGUAGGAGAGGACUGUCAGCAUAUUGUUGGAAGAAAAUCAAACCAAAAAAACCAGUAAAAAUGUCAGAAAAAUGAUCAAAAAUACAUAAUGUAAUGAGAAAAGGCAGAAAUGUUGAUUUUUUUAAAUUUUUUAUUGAACAAUGUACAUACAAACAGGGCCGGCCCGUGGCAUAGGCCGUAUAGGCAAAUGCUAAGGGCGCCGUCCAUCAGGGGGCGCCACGCCAGUGCCACAAAUGUUGGAGAAAAAAAAGAAAGAAAAAAAAAGUUG